UCCCCGACCCACCACGCACCGACUCUGCCCCAGGAACCUCUGCCAUACAUCCGACAGUGCUCGCGAUACCCCUGUGCUUAUGAAAUGACUUAAAACACGAAUGAAGACGCCCAAUUUCACUGUUAAUGUCUGUUUUGUUUUUUAUUUAUGAGUGAACAUUUGAAGAAAAUCAACAAAGUGUUGGGUGUAAAGGUGGAAAUGAAGACAGAGCACCGCACGUGCUGCGCGUGCGGGGAGCCGAUCGCGGACCGCUUCCUGCUGGAGGUGGGCGGCGGCGCGUGGCACACGGCCUGCCUGCGCUGCUGCGUGUGCGCCGUGCAGCUCGACCGCCACCCCUCCUGCUUUCUGCGCGACCGCCAGGUCUACUGCAAGCAGGACUACGCCAAGAGCUUCGGCGCGAAGUGCUCCAAAUGCUGCCGGGGCAUCUCGUCGUCGGACUGGGUGCGCAAGGCGCGCGAGCAGGUGUACCACCUGGCGUGCUUCGCGUGCGACGCGUGCGGCCGCCAGCUCUCCACCGGCGAGCAGUUCGCGCUGCACGAGGACCGCGUGCUCUGCAAGCCGCACUACCUCGAGACGCUCGAUGGAGGAUCCAUCUCCUCGGACGAUGGUUGCGACUCUGAAGGUUAUCACAAAAGCAAAGCAAAGCGGGUACGAACAACGUUCACCGAGGAGCAACUGCAGGUUCUCCAGGCGAACUUCCAGCUGGACUCGAACCCCGACGGGCAGGACCUGGAGCGCAUCGCGCAGGUGACGGGGCUGAGCAAGCGCGUCACACAAGUCUGGUUCCAGAACAGUCGCGCGCGCCAAAAGAAGCAUCAGCACACUGGGAAAGGAAAACAAAACCAGCUGAUGUCGCGGGACACGGACCCGGUGGGGUUUGGGCGGCCGAUCAACCUGCACCUCACCUACUCCUUCCAGAACAAGCCCCCUUUUGUCCCGAUAGACGGAACUUCUUUUACGGAUUCCUCGAUGGAUGAGCUCUCUGAAGAUUCGUCGAUCCAUUGCAUGCAGAGCGAAGUUUAAUAAAAGAAAUCAAAAUGGUCAAUAAGGUGAGGUGUGUCAUACGGAGAAGUGUGUGGCUUUCAUUUUAGGUACCACAAAAUGCAAUCAGCAAGUAACAAAUAUGUACAUAAUUUUUGCAAAACAGCUGAGAAAAUGAGGAAUAAGGCCAAGCACACAUCUCCACAUGGCACAUUUAUAGGUAACAACGAGUUAUUUGUUAGGAGUCCGAAUUUACAGGUGGUUUCAAUGUUGGCUACUUUCGUGGAGGCAGAAAAUAGCAACCAAUACUAGUUACUUAGAGAAUUAAUGUACAUUAAUAGUAUUUAAGUGAAUGUAUAAAUAUAAGGCCUAAUCAAAGUAACUAUUUCUAAAUUAUUGUAAAAAGUUAUACUUAUUUAUUUAUUUAUUUUUAGUAACUGUGAUACUUAUGUUUGCUGUCAAAACCUCUAUUGUUUGCCUUUGAAAUAAAUAGCUCCUAGAAUAGGACUUAUUUUUAAAGUUUAAGUAAAUGUAACCUUCAAAUAGUUAACAUACUAUAAAUAGUAGUACCUUUUCAAUUCUUCAAACUUAUGUAAAACAUCCAAUAUUUGUGCCAAACCUAUAUACCUUCCUAAAGAAAUGAAAUAUUUAAUACCUACCUUUCACAUUUUAUGAAGGGUGUAAGUAUGUAGGUACCUACAUGCUCAUAGACAUUUUUAUUUCAAUUUAAUAUUUAUGAUAAGACAUAAAUCUCAGACCAGGUCGUGAUUACAAUUAAAUGUCUUAAAAAAUACAUUAAAAUGGUUUAUAAACAUUAAAUAUUUGUUCAAAUUGCAUGGACACUGUGACAAGUGUCAUCUCAAUACAAUUUUGCGGCAUUUUAUGCUUAAGUCUUCUAAAUUAUAUGGAGAUAUUAUCACUUGUCACCGUAGGUACACAUGCUAAUUGAAUAAUACUAUGAGUUCACUAUUUUACACGAAAUUAGUACCUAAAUGAAACAUGACUAUCAAAUAAACAAUAUUUUAUUUAUUACUCAUGGGUACAACAACAAGUAAUCGUUAAUUAAGUCAUUACGACAUAUCACAUAAAUUCUUAUAAAAGUUAUAAACUGCAUUAAGGCUCAGUAGGUUCAUGUCAUUAUUUAACUCUCACUCAGCGUAGGCGUUAUUC